CGCCCAUUUUUCAUUUCCCCGUCUCAUUUACUUUUUAUACACAGAUUUAGGAUGUCCCGUGAUUUGUUCAACCGCAUAGCUAGUGGUAUACUUGAGCAUGACUAUGAUGGUUAUUUUACUCAAAAAAGAAGUGCUUCUGGAGCUCUUGGGUUACAUCCGCUGCAAAAAAUGACCGCGGCAAUGCGGAUGCUAACAUAUGGAAUAGCAGCUGAUGGUGCUGAUGAGUACAUCCGGUCCGCUGAGGCUACUAAUUUAGAGUCUUGCAAGAAAUUUGUGAUCAAAGUUUGUGAAGUAUUUGGGGAAAGGUACCUGAGAUCUCCAAAUGAACAAGACAUUGCUAGGUUACUUGCAAUAGGGGAGGAAAGAGGAUUUCCUGGUAUGUUGGGGAGCAUAGAUUGCAUGCACUUGGGUUGGAAAAAUUGCCCCAAAAAAUGGCAUGGCAUGUUUAAAGGCCAUGUGAACGAGCCAACUAUGAUCUUGGAAGCAGUUGCAUCACAAGAUCUUUGGAUUUGGCAUGCUUAUUUUGGUUUACCAGGGUCUCUCAAUGAUAUAAAUGUUCUUCAACGUUCUCCUGUUUUUUCAAAGCUAGCCGAAGGUCAAACUCCCGCUGUGAAUUAUAGCAUCAAUGGUCAUCAGUACACAAUGGGGUAUUACCUUGCAGAUGGUAUCUAUCCACGGUGGGCAACAUUUGUGAAGAGCAUACCAGCUCCAGAUACAAGAAAGCAUAAAACUUUUGCGAAGAAGCAAGAGGCGUGCAGGAAAGAUGUGGAACGUGCCUUUGGAGUUCUGCAAUCCCGUUUUGCCAUUGUUCGUGGACCUGCUAAAGGAUGGAAACGUAAAGAAAUCGGUGAUGUCAUGAAAGCUUGUGUCAUAAUGCAUAAUAUGAUAGUUGAAGAGGAGCGAGAAACUGGUCGAUAAAACUGCUCUUAUGAGGCAAUGGGAGAAAGAGUCACAGUGUCUCGUACUCAUGCGGAACAACUGAGCUCUUUUAUUCAAAUGACUCACCAGAUUAGAAAUAAAGCUGAACAUACUCAGCUUAAGCUAGCUCUAAUUGAACAUGUGUGGCAAAAGUUUGGAAAUGAGUGAUGUAAUCCAUUUCUAUGUAAUGCAGUGCUAUCAAUAAA